AUAAAUCUCUUAAAGUUGAAUCAACAAAUCAUCGCUGGUUUUUGGACUGUUAUUAACAAACAAACACACACUCUGUAACAGUAGUUGAAUUCGUUGGUGUGUUCUCAAAAAUAUGGAUGAAGAAGAAGAUAACAGAAGAAGAAUCCUCGAACGUGAACGAUACCAAAUCGAGCAGAUUCUUCAGCUCGAUCUCGAGGAAUUGCAAGUCGAAGAAGUCGACGAUUUUCACUAUUCUUCCGACGACGACAACAACAACAACAACCUUGAUCUUACUGGUGGAUAUGGUAGUGCAGGCGUUGUCCCGGGUGAAUUCACUUACAAUACUUGUAUAGCAUCCUUACAUACAUAUCUUGGUGAUGUUGACGACACGCAUCACAGCUCAACACUUUUGGAUGGUGGGUCUGUAUUGACGCUUCCGCUUUUUUGUCUUGAAGGAGUUGUACUCUUUCCUGGGGCUGCUCUUCCCUUGAGAGUUAUUGAAUCCAAUUUUGUGGCAGCUGUUGAGAGAUCUUUGAGUCGAGUUGACGUUCCUUACACCAUUGGUGUGAUUCGAGUUUACAGUGAUACUGCAACCCAUAGGAUGAAAACUGCAAGCAUCGGGACGACUGCACAGAUUCGACAAUACGGGCGCCUAGAGGAUGGUUCCCUGAAUGUGGUUACUCGUGGACAACAACGCUUUCGCUUAAAACGGUGUUGGAUUGAUGUGGAAGGAGUGCCUUAUGGAGAGAUCCAAAUUAUUGAGGAAGACAUACCAUCGCGAACUCCAAGGGAUGUUUUUGGAAAAUUAACACCCCUGAGUAAUCUGCCUUGUAACCGUGCCACCUCAAGCGUGUUGCCUUCGAAGAAUUCUGUUGAUGGACAAGGUUCCGAAAACGAGGAAAGUGAUACAGAAGAAAGCUUUGAGAAUGAACUAUCAUCAACAGAGAGAAGAAUCCAUCAAUCACUCAUUCGUUCCAGUUAUGAAUAUGAUGAAUCAGCGAGCAGUACUGAUGAUAAAUUGACAUAUGAGUCAGAUCAGGAAAUGAGAUCCGAUCUAAAUGACUCAGUCACCUCAACGCCAUUGCUCCAUGACCAUGAAAAAGAUCCAGAAAAUCUGGAUUCUAUAAUUGGGAGCUGUUCCUCUUCUGGAAAACAGUCCUCCAUCAGAGAAGGGCUUAAUUGGCGUUCUAAAAAUAAAGACCUCUACUCCUCACAUAGAAUUUCAAGAGCGUUCUUGCCUGGUUGGGUUUAUUGUAUGUUUGACUCCUAUUCGCUUGCAAAAAGGGCUGCAGAUAUGUGGAAUCAAAUCAUUCGUGCACCAAGCAUGGAUGCUCUUGUUAAGAAGCCUGAUGUUUUAUCAUUUUCUAUCGCUAGUAAAAUACCUGUUUCUGGAUCUACAAGGCAGGAGCUUUUGGAUAUUGAUGGAAUCUCAUAUAGAUUGCGUAGGGAAAUUGAAUUACUAGAAAGCAUUGAUCUAAUUCAAUGUAAAAUCUGCCGGAUUAUAAUCGCAAAGCGGAGUGAUAUGCUGGUGAUGUCUAGCGACGGUCCUCUUGGUGCAUAUGUAAAUGCAGCUGGUUAUGUACACGAGAUAACGACUUUGUACAAGGCAAAUGGAUUAGCUCUAACUGGGCCAGCAUUAACAAAAUACAGUUGGUUUCCAGGGUAUGCAUGGACAAUUGCUAACUGUGCUACAUGUGAAACCCAUAUGGGGUGGCUUUUUACAGCCACGAAAAGAAAACUGAAACCAAAGUCAUUUUGGGGUAUACGUAACUGUCAAGUUGCAGAAGAAAUGUGCUAAACCUUCAGUUAUAGUGUUGCAGCAGCAGUGAAUCUGAAAAUCCAUAUUCAUAUUGCAGUAUAAGUGCUGAUGAUACAGGUAAAUAUGUAUUACAUGCCUUUUAUACAGCUGGCAAAAAGUAAAAAUUGCCGUGCGAAAGCAAAAUCUGAGACUAUUUUAUAACUCCUGCAAUUGUAAGUGAAUUGGUUUUAGUAGAAAUUCAGUUCAUUGAAACCAGCAUGCAAAUGUAAGGAUUAGAUUGGAUUUAUUCAUGAUUAUUGGAUGGAAUGGAGAAUGAUUCAAUGAA